CUGCCCUCUCUUGGCUCCCUCUGGGGCCAAAGUUCCCUGCGAGAGUUUGAGUCAGCAACUUGCUUGAAAAAGGAAUUGCUAAGGGCUCUCAGGUCUACCCUUUAGCAAGAGCAGAACACAGGUGCCUUCUGCAUUUCCUGGGUCCAAGAACAAGGCAAGAGGCUACAGACGACAUGAGGCUGUGGCUGAGAUGCAGGGUCCUCCAGGUGCUCAAGAGCUCCCGGGGAUUCUGCGGAUCUCAUGGGCACCUGUCACCUCUCCCUGCCUCUCAGAAGAUCGUGGGCACAUGGGAAGCCAUCAGUCUGGGGAGGCAGCCGGUGCCCGAGUACUUCAACUUUGCCCAUGACGUGCUGGAUGUGUGGAGUCAGCUGGAGAAGGCUGGGCACCGGCCCCCGAAUCCUGCAUUCUGGUGGGUGGAUGGUAAAGGCGCGGAGGUCAAGUGGAGCUUUGAGGAGCUAGGACAUUGGUCCAGGAAGGCAGCCAACAUCCUGGCGAGCACGUGUGGCUUGCAGCCCGGGGACAGAAUGAUGCUGGUGCUUCCACGGCUUCCAGAGUGGUGGCUGGCCAGCGUGGCUUGCAUGCGGACAGGUGUUGUCAUGAUUCCUGGCGUCUCCCAGCUGACGGAGAAGGACCUCAAGUACCGGCUGCAGACAUCCAGGGCCAAGUCCAUUAUCACCAGUGACGCCCUGGCUCCGCAGGUGGACGCCAUCAGUGCUGACUGCCCCUCCCUCCGGGUCAAGCUCCUGGUGUCGGACAGCGGUCGCCCAGGCUGGAUGAACUUCAGGGAACUCCUGCGAGAGGCAUCUGCAGAGCACACGUGUGUGCAGACCAAGAGUCGAGAUGCCCUGGCCAUCUACUUCACCAGCGGAACUACCGGGAACCCCAAGAUGGUUGAGCACUCCCAGAGCAGCUAUGGGCUGGGCUUUGUGGCCAGUGGAAGGCAGUGGGUGGCCUUGACCGAAUCAGACAUCUUCUGGAACACCACCGACACUGGUUGGGUGAAGGCAGCCUGGACUCUCUUCUCUGCUUGGUCUAAUGGAUCUUGUAUUUUUGUGCACGAACUGCCUCGGGUUAACGCCAAAGUCAUCCUAAAUACUCUCUCCAAGUUCCCGAUAACCACCCUUUGCUGUGUCCCAACCAUCUUCCGCCUGCUUGUACAGGAGGAUCUGACAAGAUACCAGUUUCACAGCCUGAGGCACUGUUUGACUGGAGGAGAGGCCCUCAACCCUGAUGUGAGGGAGAAAUGGAAGAACCAGACGGGCCUGGAGCUUUACGAAGGCUAUGGACAGUCCGAAACAGUUGUAAUCUGUGCCAAUCCGAGAGGCUCCACCAUCAAGGCUGGGUCCAUGGGGAAAGCCUCCCCACCUUACGACGUGCAGAUUGUGGAUGACGAGGGCCACAUCCUGUCCCCAGGAGAAGAGGGGAAUAUCGCUGUGCGCGUCAGACCCACCCGGCCCUUCUGUUUCUUCAACUGCUAUCUGGACAAUCCCGAGAAGACGGCGGCCUCAGAACGAGGAGACUUCUACAUCACAGGGGACCGAGCCCACAUGGACAAGGACGGCUACUUUUGGUUCAUGGGAAGAAGCGAUGAUGUGAUCAACUCUUCGAGCUACCGAAUUGGACCUGUGGAGGUGGAGAGCGCGCUUGCCGAGCACCCCGCUGUGCUGGAGUCUGCCGUGGUCAGCAGCCCAGACCCCACCCGGGGGGAGGUGGUAAAGGCGUUUAUAGUUCUUUCUCCCACCUACUCCUCUCACGACCCAGAAGCACUAACCCGGGAACUCCAGGAGCAUGUGAAAAGGGUGACCGCCCCCUACAAGUACCCCAGGAAGGUGGCUUUUGUUUCAGAACUGCCGAAGACAGUUUCUGGAAAGAUCCAAAGGAGUAAACUGAGGAGCCAAGAAUGGGGGAGAUGAGGUGCCACCCCAGAAAGGCCCCAGAAGGACCUGGUGGGGUCACUGGUCAGCCCCUGCUUGGAGCAUCGUCCUGACAACUUCACAGACAUCAACGACACUCAGCUUCCAAGGGGGCAUCUCCAGAACCACUGGAUACUCCUAGAAACAACAGAGAACGUCACUGACCCAGAGCACAGAGCCAGGCCCGGUCUAGCAGGGCUCAGCGGCUCAGGUCCCCCUCUGUCCAGCUGUUCUCGGCAUCUUCCUGAAGUGGCACCCCCUUUGUCCACAGAAAAGCCCUCUUAACCAGGGCUGAUUUUAGGACUGUCAGCAAAAGAGUUCAAUGUAGAUAAACUUCCUAUUUUCAUGUCGCCCUGUUUACUUGGCCACUGACCGAGAAGAUACCAGCACUCCAGGUGCUGGACACCCCCUGACUAGUUUUUCACAAACAUAUCCAGUAUAGUAGUUUGUAGAAAUAUGCAAAUAAGGCCUCUGGCCUUGAGCUGGGCUUCCCAGAGAUGUCUACAUUUUUAAGAGAAGUUACAACUGGGCUCCAUGGUAACAGCUGGCAGGGGGAGGAAAGAAAGGGGAGAAGAAGCUCUCCCCUUCUCAGGUGUUGUCCUUGAAGGGUUAACUUGCCCAGAACAGUGAAAGAAAAAGCUGCUUUUAUGUGAACUUCUGCAGACUGGGAACUUCUGAGCCCCUCCCCUUACACGCUGGGUAGAAAACUCUGAAACUCCCUGAACUCGGGGUUCAGGAGAUUGAUUGAUUACAGCAAAAGCUGUGCCCCCUGAACCUGGCUGCAGCCAAAUAAAACCGUUUCCUGCUGUC